CCGCUUUCUCCCAUCACAGCAACCCAUUAUGACAAAAUCUCCAUAAUCUGUUGCUGGCUUAGCACAAUGACUUUGCCAUGGAGUUUCAGCUGGUCUUUCUGUCUUCUUUCUCACCUUCUGGCUCUGAAGACGCACACUACACAUGCAGUGCCCAGUUUCUCUGUGUAUCUCCACAGUAUACUGAAGAACCACACAGCUCAGGCUUGUGAAGGAGACGUGCUCAUCAUCAGUUGUCCCUCUAGGACAUCUGUUGCCAUCCUAUCAGCCUUCUAUGGGCGCCGCGUUCCUAAUAAACAUUUAUGCCCUUCUGCAAGCCCAAACAUCACUGUGGAGGAGGACACAGAAUGCACGUCCUCACUAGCUACUGUGAAGGUACUGUCAGAGUGUCAGGAUCAACAGUCGUGUCACAUCCCUGUCCUGAGUCCAGUGUUUGGUCAGGACCCUUGUCCACUCACCAACAAGUACCUCCUGGUCUCCUACAAGUGUCGACCAGAGCAUCAUCGCACAAGACUGGUGUGUGAAAAUGAGCGUUUGAGGCUGGCGUGUAAAAAUGAGACAGUUCUUGCCAUUUAUUCUGCUUCAUUUGGACAUUUGCUGCAUGGUAGUCCCAACUGUCCCCAAGAACCUGGAUCAUGGACUGACAUGGAGUGUUUGUCACCUGUGGCUCUGAGGAGAGUGUCACGCAGGUGCCACGGUAGAGCGAACUGUUCAGUCCUGGCUGAUACGCAAACCUUCGGAGACCCCUGCUUUCCCGGCACCAGGAAGCACCUGCGUGUAUCUUUCACAUGUGUGCCCAGAUAUCUUCUAGAAGACAUGGGUAGAGGGUCGACAGAUCCUUUCAUGAUCUCAGACUACACACAUGGUGGAUGGUACACUGGCCCCACCUACAGGCCUCAAAACGUGAUCUUUACCAACUCUCUGGAGAUCAUUGAAAAAAUAUUUGGUCUGCCGGAACGAGUGGCUCUGUACUUUGUAUCUGGUAUCUGUUCUGGUCUGGUGUUCCUGCUCUGCCUGUUCGGUAUUCGCUCUACACUAGUCAAAGACGUCAAAGACCUGGUUUCUGACCUGAGCGAAGAACUGAAGGCCUCACGCAGAAACCGUAAGGAGCUCAUGGAUGACCUGUUUGACGAUGACAUCUCAGACACAUCGUCUUUCCGUCGCCUGACACAAUCCUACCGCACAGCGGACAUCUUAAGCCCAUCAGCUUUGACAGUGGAGCUGGUCGAACUUGAUGUAGAACAGACAAGGGACCUAUCUAAUGGAGACAUCUGGCCACACCUGGACUCCAGCCCUUAUGCUAUUCACAAGAUUAAAACCUACAGCAAUUGAGGGAUAACCAGUUAUACCAUACAAUAUCAGCAGAAAUCAUACAGAGAAGUUUCUUUAACUUUAGCUGUCCCUCACUAACACCAACCAAUGUCUUACUGAGGAUUAUUUUGAUUGCAACCUCAUUCUAUGAAACAACUUUAUAUAUUUUCAAUUAAUUUAGCUUCCAUUAAUAUACUAAACAUCUAAUUAGAUUUUGGUUAAAUACUGAAAAUAGAAAUGCUGAGAACACUAAAUGCAGUCUAUGUUGUUCCUAUUGAUAAACAUGAGAGCUUAAUCUGUUUAGUCAUGUUUCAGAAAGUUGAAAAA